AUGCAGAAAUAUGUGCGCGGCAGACAUAACAAGUCUGACGAUGAGUACGGAAGAUGCAAGCAGGACAGCCUUGCAAACCAGGUGAUGGUAAGGUAUCCAGUUUCAGAUGAGCCGGGGGAGUCAUGGACUGUGAAUUUCAAGUACUGCUGCUGUGAGCUCGCUCGUGGUAAACACUGGCCCAAAAUGCCGCCUGCAGAAUGGACAACACCGGACCAGAAAGCUUUUCUUGAGUCGAAGUACAACGAUUUUUUGAAGGCACAAGUCGGGGCGUCUGUUACGCAAUUCUGGGGCCCUGUGUUCUCGGAGUGGUUCAGAAGGUUUCCUGAGGAACUUGCAAUUUUUGGCGAAGCGCCAGAAGUCUUGUCAGAAGAGCAAAAAGAGGCGAAAGGCGCAGCUGUUGAACUCAGGCAAAAGAAAAGCGGCCGCUCUGCUGUAAAUGCAAUGGGCAAAACAAUUCGGCAGAUGCUCACCAACAAAGCCAAGGGCACACGAAUCCACACAGAGGCUGAGGUAUUCUCGAAGUUGAGGUAUGCGGAUGAUGUUCAGGCGCAAGUGAAGGAGAGCAUCGCUUCAGGCAGCCUUACCAAGAGUGAAAAGUUGGGAGCUGUGAAAUUAAUGACACGCACAGCUUAUGAGGACGCGAGUGAGGAUGUUAAGGCCUUGUGUCGGGCAAAGGUUCAGGCAGAACGGGAUGCCAAGGCAUCAGAAGUCCUCAAGAAGACAGAUGGGGCCCCUACCAAUGCGCAAUACGCUAGGGCACUUACCGAGUGUAUGGGUCCGAUUUCACAAUUCAUGCAAGUCAUUAAAGACAUGACGGGUUGGGAAUGGAGUCUGAUUGGCGCUGGACCAGACCCACGUUUGGACGGAAAUAUAAAUGCUAUGAGGCACUGCAGUUACCAUUCAGGUGUGAAUGCAACUGGUCUCAAUUGGAAACAAGCGACACCACACUUCAACGAGACACACUUGAAGGCGUAUGUUGACUUCAUUAGCACAGUUUUUCCACCGCACAUCAGGAAGACACGUGCACUCGACUAUGAUGCUUCAGCAUCUAGUAGUACGCCAUCCGCCCCAUCCGCUUCCCAGUCACUUGAUUCUGGUUGCUCUCAGCCAGACGCACUUACCACAACACCUCCGGCUACAACAUCCUUUCAAUCACCGCCUCUGGUUCUAUCUGCACCCCCUGCUUCCACUGAGCGCUACGGCCUCCAUGACCCAUCUGUUUCUUUCUUCCCCGAUGCCGGUCUGCAGUCAUCCAACGGAUACAACAUCCAAGACGUCUCAUUCACAACAAAGGCCUCAUUUGACGCACCGAAUUGGGAAAAUCCACCGCCUCUUCUCCGCCCCUUACUCGACGGAUCUCCAAGCAUGCCCAAUGGAUCUAUAGGCUCUUCCACCUGGAGGACGCCACCUGCACUGCGCUCAUUCCUGUCUUCAUCAAACUCUUUCCCCCCUGCACUACAGUUGUCCCCAAUCACACCACAUUCGUUUACCCAAUCGGCAGCAUCGCACUCGCUACCUUCUUUGCCACCUAUAGCAACCCCGCAAUUCAUGUUCCCGUCGCUCCCUUCCCCAUCACUCCCUUCCCACUCCCUUCCACGUCACUCCCCAGUUCUCCCUGCCCCGGUUCUCCCUGCCCCAGUUCUCCCUGCCCCAGUUCUCCCUGCCCCAGUUCUCCCUGCCCCGGUUCUCCCUGCCCCGGUUCUCCCUUCCCCGGUUCUCCCUGCCCCAAUUCUCCUUGCCCCGGUUCUCCCUUCCCCGGUUCUCCCUGCCCCAAUUCUCCUUGCCCCGGUUCUCCCUUCCCCAGUUCUCCCUUCCGUACCUCCUGCGCCUCCUGCAGCGGAGACUCCACAAAACGGAGACGUGCAGCAUAGCGCACCAGAGAAAACACUCAAGGUAAAACGAAAGCGAGCGUCAAAGGCUGUCGACACGGUCAUGGAGGUUGUCGAGUCCGCUGAUCCAAAUACACUGUGA